GAGACAAACUAACAACUUUUCUCCGGAGAUUAUUACUAUUUUUAAUACGUGUGACGGUUUCUCACUUUCUUUUUUUUAAUUCAGCGUGCUGCUCUUUCAUUUAAUCUGCGUUUUUAACGAAAUGGAGUUGAGGCGUGUAGUUGGAUAAACUUUGGCGUUAACGAGUCUCCUGUGAAACUUGGUUGUUUUGCUGUGAGCUCGCGAGCAAACCUGAACACUAACGUUACUUUCUACUGAUGCUGUUUAUCACAGCUAGCUAGCUCAAGCGGCUAAAAGUCAUUUUUCUAACAACUGUUUCGAUUCAGAAAAGAAAGAAAGAAAUGCACGGUAACGUUAGAUCCUGAACUCGGCCAAAUCUCAGCCGAAACUUCGCUUCCAGAAGCCCGAACACUUAACACUACGCCUGUCAGCAUUUAGCGGAAUUUACAGCUUAUUCAGAAUUCCAGACUGGACAGGUUAAACACCAUCUGUAUUUUUCCCUGACCAAAUCCUCAGCUUCAGUCUCUUCAGGAAAUUGUGAUGUAUGAAAAUGUGCCGACAGUGUCGGCAGCUGAGCGGCAGCAGGUGCUCCAGGCUGUGGAGAGGCUGCAGUCCAAGCUGGCUCAGCGUGAGGAAUGGACUCACAGUGAAAAGCUGGGCGCACUAAAGGAAGCACUACAGAGCCCUCUUCUCAGCCGCAUCCUCACCCUGCAGCACUCUCUUAAACAGCUUAAAGACCAGCUGAACUGUAUACCUCCAGAUGCAUGCAGUGAGUUCAGUUUCUCCAAGAAGGGUCAGUUAAUUGUAAGUGCCAGUCGUCCUGGAAGUAGCCUGGGCUCUGUAGUUUCCAGUGGGACAGCUGUAUCUUCAUCAUCCUCUGAGCAGCUGCAGAGAUGGCUCAAUGCUACAGCAAAGGGAAGAAAGUUGGAGCAUGUGAGCCUGGUCAGGCCAUUAACAGGAGGUCUAGGCUUCAGUGUGGUGGGGCUGAGGCCGGAUGGAGUCGGCCCUCAUGGAGUUUUUAUCAAACAGGUGCAGCUUGGGAGUGUGGCAGACAGAGAUGGCAGAUUGCAGGAGAAUGACCAGAUCCUGGCCAUCAAUGGGAUUCCCCUGGACCAGAAUGUUACACAACAGCAGGCCGUGGCCUAUCUGCAGCAGCAGAGGGACCGAGUGGAGCUUGUAGUGGCCAAAGACUCUUCAGUCAAACCACACCUCCCCCCAUCUGGAUCCAUUCAGACAGUAAGGCCAUUUCAGGAACAGUGGGGGCAUAUGGAAGAGAUUGAGCUGCUGAAUGAUGGUUCAGGUCUCGGCUUUGGAAUUGUGGGUGGAAAGGCUGCUGGAGUCGUCGUACGCACUCUGGUACCAAACAGCGUUGCAGAUAAGGACGGCCGUCUGAAGACUGGUGACCACAUUCUGCGGAUCGGGGACACGCCCACGCAGGGGCUGACCAGUGAGCAGGUUGUGCAGGUGCUACAGUCCUGUGGUGUUCGGGUUCGCAUGAUAAUUGCCCGGGACCCUCUGGGCAAUGCACAGCCUCCCCCACCACCACCACCACACGCACCUACAGCAGCACCCAUUGCCUCCAUGCCCCCUCCCAUUCCAGCACGCAGAACCAGCAAAACGAUAAACCUUGAGGGCCAUGAGAUUCACGAAGUGUCGCUGAAAAAGAAAGAUGGACAGAGUCUGGGCAUUUCUAUUGUUGGAUGCAACUCUUCAACCAGCGAUGACGGAUUAGGGGUUUCUGUGAAGAACGUCAUCCCUGGCAGUGCCGCUGAACAGUGCGGGAAUAUCAUGGUGCAUGACAGAAUAAUAGUGCUGAAUGGAGUUAACCUGCAGGGCUUCACCAGCCAGGAGGUCCUGGAUGUGAUGAGGCAGACGGGUCAAACCGUGAACCUCACCCUGCUCCGCAAAAUCACCUCACCCAAGAAACCUGCCAUGGAGAUAUCUCUAGAUAAAGUCCAAAGAGAGUCGUCCCGAGUUUCUCUGAAGAGAUCUGCAGAGAUCAAGGUGCGGGCAGAUGUUCAGAUGGCCUCUGUGAUUGAGCCAAUGGACACGAGUGCGAUCAAACAGCAGUCAUCGCCAGGAGUUUGCGAGUCCAUCCAACUGACAGAGAUGGAGUUGCACACCAAAUGGGAGCAGGCACUUGGUCCUCAGUAUGAAGUAAUGGUUGUUGAAUUAGACCCCGUCAUCGAGGAUGAUGCUGAGCUGCAGAAAUACUCUAAGUUGCUCCCGAUACACACCAUGCGUCUUGGUGUGGAGCUGGAUUCAUUUGAUGGUCACCACUACAUCUCUACUGUAGCCCCUGAUGGUCCGGUUGCCAAACAUGGUUUACUGCUACCAGAAGAUGAACUUCUUGAGGUGAAUGGAGUGCAGUUAUAUGGAAAGACAAGGCGGGAGGCUGUAGCUUUCCUGCGAGAGGUUCCUCCUCCCUUCACUCUUGUGUGCUGUAGACGCCUCACUGAAGAGGGCACAGAAUACCAACCUGAUGAUGAAUGGAGCUCCAGUAGCCCUACAGCAAGCCUACAGGAGCAGACCCAAGUGAUCGAGAAGGAGGUUGCUGAGCAGAGAACAGCUCCAGAGCAGAGUUUUACUGAGAGGGAGGAGGCCGAGAAUAGGCAGAGUGGAGAUGAAGAGAAUGAAGAGGGAGAGUUGGCUCUCUGGUCUCCAGAAGUGCAUGUGCUGGAGUUAGAGAAAGGGGAGCGAGGCCUCGGUUUCAGCGUUCUGGAUUACCAGGACCCUCUGGACACUACGCGCUCUGUUAUAGUCAUUCGCUCACUGGUACCUGGAGGUGUUGCAGAGAGUCAUGGUGGCCUUCUGCCUGGAGAUCAGCUGGUCUUUGUUAAUGACAACUUCCUGGACACGUGCUCUCUGUCUCAGGCUGUAGAUGUCCUCAAGGCUGUGCCACCAGGCACGGUAUACCUGGGCAUCCGGAAACCUCUAGGGGAAGAGGACAGAAACACUGAGGAGAAACCUGCAGAUCUCCAGGAUCGAGAGUACACGCCCACCCAACUUCCACCACCUGCACCUAAGGCCUUACAGGAUGACCCUGUCCUUUUAGAAGAUAUCGACGAAGACCCAGAGCUGAUUCUAGAUUGUAAUAUUCGUUAUGCCAAAUCUAUAAUUGCUACAAAGCUUCUUCCUGGCGAGGAGAGAGAGAUGGCUGUGGAUGAGGAGGAAGACGAGGAAGAGGAAAGAGACAAUGUGAGAAGUGACAGGGAGAGUCCACUAUUAUACCCCAGAGAGCAGUCACCUUUCAUGGAAGAGGAAGUUGUGUCAAACCCCUACCAGACUUUUACCCAAGCCGAAAGACAACAGCAGGUGGAGGUGGAAAGUGCUGCGUCUGAAGAGGACUUUAGAACUGAACUGGAGUCAAGCAUAAAUCUCCAUCGACAUCCCCUCAGUCAGUCAGCAAUGACAUGGGUGGAGUUGCCAGAGAGCGAGGUGGACUCUGAUUCCAGAAAUGAAAGCUCAGAACUCACUCUGACUGACACAGACACAGAGUCUGCACAACUGCAUUCAUACGUCAGACGUAAAAAGAGAAAUCAGGGGGCUGCAAUGAGAGACGAACACAGUGAUUUACCAGAGAGAGAGGAUGGAGAGGGAGAGGAAACCCCCAUCUUUAGUCACUGGGGUCCUCCACGGAGAGUUGAAGUCUGGUUGGAUCCUGGUGAGUCACUGGGCAUCAGUAUCGUUGGCGGUCGGUCAGUUAUAAAGCGCCUGAAGAAUGGAGAAGAGCUGAAAGGCAUCUUCAUUAAGCAGGUGCUUCCAGACAGCCCUGCAGGUCGCACACUCGCACUCAAGACUGGAGACAAAAUCUUACAAGUGGGAGGUGUUGACCUACAAAAUGCCAGCCAUGAGGAGGCAGUGCAGGCCAUUAAAAGUACUGCAAGCCCCGUGGAGUUCAUUGUGCAGAGCCUUUCAUCCACUCCCCGGCCUGUUUCAGUCACAGCCUCAAGUAUAAGACAGCACAAGGCCAAGAGGAAAGGCAUGCUGAAAUCAGAACCACGGAGUGCACCUCCUCCGAUGCGUCUUCCUCCGCCAUACAGACCUCCCAGCCAUGUGCCGGAAGAGGAGAAUCCUGAAGAGGACAGAGAGGACAUCAGGCAGAAGUACAGCGACCUACAAGGGGAGCUACUGCUUGUAGAGCUGGAGAAAGAUCGACAGGGAUUGGGACUGAGCCUAGCCGGAAACAGAGACCGCUCCUGCAUGAGCAUCUUUGUGGUGGGCAUAAACCCUGGAGGACCAGCCAGCCGUGAUGGACGCAUCCAUGUUGGUGAUGAGUUACUGGAGAUCAAUAACCAGGUUCUUUAUGGGCGGAGCCACCAAAAUGCAUCAGCUAUAAUAAAGAGUGCUGCGUCCAAGGUGAAGCUGGUGCUACUCAGAAAUGAGGAUGCUAUCAAUCAAAUGGCAGUUCCACCUUUCCCCUACCAGCCUUCGUUUCUCUCUUCAAGUGAGAUUCAUCCGAGCCUUCCUGUAAUAUCUGCAGAGAAGACGCAGCCCCCGGAGAGUCUUCCAGAGCCCCUGCUGAGCCAGAUCCAGGAGCAGACGAGCGAGGCCACUUCAGAGAGCUCAGUGACUGUAGAGACAGUGGACAAGAGCCGGCAGGACGGUGAGGCCGCCUCUAAGAAGCUAAAGCCUUCAGAAAGAACAUUAGAGACUGUGUGUGAGGAUGUUUCCAGACCUACGUUGGAAAAGACUCCUAGCCUUGCCAAGAGCCCAAAAAACUCCAUCAAGCUUCCAUUAACUUCUGUGGAUGUGGCAGCGCUAUUACCUCCAGUGCCUCUUUUAUCCACCAGCCCUGAUUUUGAGUGCUGCAGCAAAGACCCUGCUACAUGUCCUAUAGUGCCAGGGCAGGAGACUGUUAUUGAGAUCUCUAAGGGCCGCUCUGGUCUCGGUCUCAGUAUUGUCGGCGGCAAAGACACACAACUGGACGCUAUAGUGAUACAUGAGGUAUAUGAGGAGGGAGCAGCAGCACGAGAUGGCCGACUUUGGGCUGGAGACCAGAUAUUAGAGGUGAAUGGUGUUGACCUCCGCAGUGUAGCUCACGAGGAUGCCAUUGCGGCUCUGAGACAGACUCCAGCUAAAGUGCGUCUGGCAAUUCUGCGGGACGAAGCACAGUACCGCGAUGAGGAAAACCUGGAUGUGUUCUCUGUAGAACUGCAGAAGAAGAGUGGCCGUGGCCUUGGCCUCAGCAUCGUGGGAAAGAGGAAUGGUACAGGUGUCUUUAUCUCUGACGUAGUUAAAGGCGGUGCAGCUGAUGUGGAUGGAAGGCUCAUGCAAGGAGACCAGAUCCUUUCUGUGGAUGGAGAGGACAUGAGACGAGCUUCUCAGGAGACGGUUGCUGCUGUUCUUAAGUGUGCCAGGGGAAUGGUGCAGCUAGAGUUGGGCCGACUGAAGGCUGCCUCUUGGAUCUCCUCCAGACGCACCUCUCAGGGAAGCCAGAGUCAUGCAUGCAAUAUGACCAACAACAUCCCUGUGGCCCCCAUGGCUCCUCCCACUGCCCCACAACCCAGCCAGUUACCCAGCAGCACUAAGAGAACUGGAAACGAGUCCAACGCCAAGAGCUCUGUAGUUGAAACAGGUCUUCGCACAGUGGAAAUCACACGUGGCCCAACUGAUGCGUUGGGGAUCAGUAUAGCUGGAGGAAAGGGCAGUCCGCUGGGAGACAUCCCCAUCUUCAUUGCUAUGAUCCAGGCUAAUGGUGUAGCUGCUAGGACCCACCGCCUCAAGGUGGGUGACCGUAUUGUAAGCAUUAACUCCCAUUCUCUGGAUGGUCUGACCCAUGGAGAGGUGGUCACCAUGCUGAAAAAUGCCUACGGCAGCAUUGUUUUACAGGUGAUAGCAGACACUAACAUAAGCGCCAUCGCCAGUCAGGUGGAGAGCAUGUCCUCAAGCUCCACUCCGAGCACCAACCCUGAGACCCCGAUUACAGAGCCAGAAACGCCGAAGCCAAAGAGCAUCACACUGGAGAAGGGCUCAGAAGGGCUCGGCUUUAGCAUCGUGGGUGGCUUCGGGAGUCCACAUGGAGACCUGCCCAUCUAUGUCAAAACUGUCUUCAGCAAGGGAGCAGCAGCAGUAGAUGGACGUCUAAAGCGUGGAGAUCAGAUCCUCUCUGUGAAUGGAGAGAGUCUGGAAGGAGCCACGCACGAGCAGGCUGUGGCUAUUCUGAAGAAACAGAGAGGGCUCGUCACACUGUCUGUACUGUCUUAACACAAACACACAUCCAUGGUGACUGCCACGAACUACACACACACAUAAACACACACACCUCACACCUGUUGCAUUCUGGUCAUGAUCCAAAGAGAAGAGCUUGGAACCUGUAAACAACACACACACACACACACACACACACACACAAACACACAAAAACAUACACACACACGCCCCCUAGAGGGAGCAUGCAUAGCACAUGAUGAAAAUCUCCUUCAAAUGUGUGAAGUUCAGGAACACAAAUUCCAGCAGAGGUGUGUGUGAGAUUGAAACUUAACCCCUUUAAUAUGCCCAUUUAGGAUCUCUUACUAAACAAGAAGGGAAAUUGAUCAUGACUACUGUCUUAAAUCCUUUUUAAUUUAUCAAAUAAUUCCAAUCAAUACACUAACCAAUCCAUUGGCUGAUCAGUUCAGGGUUAUGUGAGUCUGUGACAGAUCAAACCAGAAACUAGAAAUCAGUAGAAACAGAAAAGAAAUAUUUUAUAUCUAUCGGAUACAUCGGUAGUGGAUGUGUACAUAUAGUGGGCAAGAAUUUUUACAUAUUUUCCUGUCCUGAGAUAAGAACACAAAAGCUCUAAAGUCAACAAUAAUGGUCCUAAAAUGAGACAGACAUGAGGGACUUGAGCGUAUGUUACCAAAGAUGUUGUGCAGUUUCAGAAUUUCCAACCCUGGACCAAUACUGUAAGUGUGUCAUUCUGAAUGUUAGCUUUAUUCCCUGAAAGGUGGCAUUUUACCCAAACACCAAUUGACCAUAUCAAAUCUGUCCUACGAUAAGUUGCCCCAAAGCCAUGGACAGGUUAUACAAAUUAAAAGCUUUGUUGUUUAUACUUUUACAAAGCAAUAUGGUCAGGAAGUAUCUAAAAAAUGGAUGAAACAAGAGCUAAGCAGGGUAAGGAACAGGUGAACAUGGUUACAGGAUUUCUUUUUCUUAAAUUGCACAUCAAAAAGUGUGUUCAGAUUCUGUAUUUCAGAUAAAGUUAUUCCAUUUCCAUUAUAUAAGGUGACUUUAAAAAGUAGAUUUUCUCAGUUUUAUAAGGUUGCCCUAUUAUUUUUAUUUCUUCUUAAAUUUAAUUCAGAUAAUUGUUACUUACAAUUGAUAAUUAAAAGUCACAGUUUAAUAUAUACUCAUUUCCCACAAAUACAUGUUCUCAUGUUCAAGUAUCUCUAAUUGACCCAAGCAUUUUUGUAAUAAGUGACUUGAGAGUCACCAGGUUUGUUUUCUCAGUGCAGGGAAACAUGUUGAAGUUCUUGCUAAUGGUAGUGACAUCUGCCACCCAAGGAAAUUGUGCAGAAAAACAUUUUUUUUUAAAUAAAAAGCUACCACACACUUUUGUUGUUCUGUUACCUGGAAAGAACAGUUUAGUGCACCUGAUCACCGAUCUGUCACUGCAAUAAAAACGUAGAUGCUGAAUACAUUCCCAGUCAUCAUUUUGGGAUAUGAAUCAAGCUGUGAUUCCUAAACAAGUGAUUAACACACACAGACGCACACGGUUUCACCAGCUGACUGACUGUAGACUUUACAUCACUUUAAAUCAGUUAUAGUAAAGUGGUGUAUUUUGGAGAGCAGUAAUCAUGUCUUAUUUCAACUGACAAAUUCAUGAAUAAUUUUGGCAGAUUUUUUUGUUGUUCAUUUUCUAUUGUUUUGUUUUUAGUUAUUUUUAAUACUAAAACGGUCAUCAGUGUUUCAUCAUUUAAUUGCACAAAUAUCAUCAGUGUAAAUAUGUAAUUUAUUUCCUUAAUGCAGUUUAAUUUUGUAGGACUUUUGAACUAGCAUUCCUAUCAGUGAUGAAAUGAAGAUGGUAUGUGAAAUAUCAUUUUACACUGUGUGUACCACAAUAUGAGGAAAUCCUGUGUCAGCUGGACUCCUGAUCUUCAAACGGAAGUGUGCCAAAUUCUUGCAAGGCACUCGUAUGACCUCGGGGUCCUAAAAAUGCAUGAAGAGGCUCUUGCCAUAAUGUCCAUGCUAUGCUAAGCCACUUUCUGCAUUAGGGUUUUGCUCAACACAUUUCAGAUUCAAAUCUAUACUAAGCUGAAUCAGCUGCAUGAAAACACUAAAUUGGGCUUUCUCCAAACAAAGUUUAUUUAACUCAUUCUCAAUGUUCAGGAUCAGGAGUGUCUGACUCGGAGAGCACUGCAGAGAUUAAUAGUUACGUCUUAAAUAGUAUACUUUAUAUGCGUUUAGUGUGGGUAGUCUCUUCACACUAGGAUGAAUGGGUGAUGUGCUUAUAAAGCCUUAACAUAAAGUAUGAAGUAUGAAAUAAUGAAAACCUUUUGAACAAUAUGAAGUCGUUUUAGUCUGUUUUAAAAAGGGGCAAAUCCAUCAGAUCACCAGUUGCUAAUACAUGUUGCUAAAUAGUUAGUGCAACAGGUGAGAACAGUGCUAUACUCUGUUGUCACCCCCACCCCAAAUUUGUUUUUCAAUCUUACAAAUGUUAUGGCUCCAUGGGCUAAACACUCGUACUAGUACUAGUACACUAUUUAAAGCCUUGAUGAGUAACAGAUUACAAGAAUCCUGUGUGAUAAAUGAAGUAGAAGGCUAAUCUCUGUAGUGCUCUGACUCUGAUACUCCUACUCUGGUUCUAAGCUUAUUGGUCCUUCUGGGAAAAGUGUGCAGCACUGUGGUUCCACUGGAAGAGUGUUUUUCCAGUGCUCACAUGUUCCUUUUGUCAGGUAUGUCAUUUAAUAUUGAAGAGCAUUGUGCUGUAACUCCAUGUGCAGACUGUGCUUUCCUCAUGCUGUCUGCCAUGAAUUCCCUUUAAAACACUUGUCUGUGUCUUGUCCCUCUCUCUCUGUUUCUGUCUCAGUCUUAUUUUUUCCCCUCCUGUGCCCUCAGCCACAAUAAAUACAGAAAACUGAAUGUUACUUGUUCAAAUGAAUAUGUUUAGUUCUUUGGUCAGCAUUUGUGAAAUCAUUAUGUAAUGUCAAAUCCCAAAGAAACCACGCUGAGAUUCAUUAUAUUAGAUAAUAAGAGAUGAUCUAAUAAAACUGAUAUCUAUCUA